GAAGUACCCUCCCAAGCCUCCCAAGCCAGUACCCAAGACUCUGACCCCAUGGAAGGGACCUCAGCAGCUGCAAAUUCCUCAAGCCUCCCUCCUCCAUCCCGAAGGUUAUCACAGAUAAGGCGUCGUAAGAAGAGAACGCGAGAGGAGAUGUUUUCGGAAAUUAUGGAAUCCAGCCGCAGUGACAGAGCUCAUGUGAAUGAGUGGAAGGAAACAGUUUCAAAGUAUAGGAAAGAAGUCAGUGAACGUGAGGACAGGAGGGACCAACGUGAGGAGAGGAGGGACCAACGUGAGGAGAGGAGGGACGCUCGAGAUGAGAGGUGGCGGCAGGAAGACCAGAGGAUGAAGGAUGCAACGCUGGGGCUGCUCCGGCGUCUGGUGGAGGUUCAGGAACGGCUGCUGGAAAACAGACUGCCGCUUCAGCCCCUGUUUCACCCUCCCCCCUCCCCAUGUUCCGUAUCCUCCUCACCCAGACGUGUAAGAACUCGGGGGGGGGGAGGCUCCGUACACCUUCCCAUUCCACCCCAGUAGACAGCCCAAGCAAAAGGCUGUCAUUUUUUUAACCUUUUCUUUGUGGCUUUUUCCUUCCCAGCAAUCCUCCUCCCAAAUACCACCCGGGUUCCCUCCCUCUUUUUCUAAUCUAUUAAUAAAGAAUAAAUGAUUUUUAAAUGAUAGUGACUUUAUUUGGUUUGAAAGAAAGCUGGGGGAAGGGGCAGGGUGGGUUCCUUACAGAAAAUCAGUCAAUAAAGGGGGCGGGUUUUCAUGAAGGAGAAACAAACAGAUAUUUCACACGGUAGCCUGGCCAGCCAUGAAACUGGUUUUUAAAGCUUCUCUGAUGCACAGCG